AGCAUCACGAGUGAACAGUUAACUUCUGAACAACACAGACGUCUUGAGUCUCUGUUUACCAACAAUUUAAAUUAGGAAUCGAUGGGUGUUUGUGGCAUUUCAAACAAUCUUGGUGGGUUGAUACCAAGUGUCAAUCUGGAGUAGUCUGUGAGUUACUGGGGUUAUAGUUUCUGGUCCAUUAGUAUCGUGACACUGUGAUCCAUUGUUGUGAACAUCUUGGAGUUUCUUCCAAGGGAGUGGCGCUCGUUUAUUCCCUCCCGUCUUCACCCUCCAGGGGAUAUAUUGAUUUAUACCCAGCGGUGCCGGUGAUGGGAGGGUAGGAGGCAGGAUGCCCAGGGUAUCACUACGUAGAGGUCUGCUAUACCUGUCAGCCGCUACCACCUUCUCCCUGCUGCUGGUAUCUGUACAUCAGCCAGGUGGCACCUGGCUGACUUCGCCAGGUUCCUCGGCCAUCACCUUGCGUCGCACGCCGCACCUCGACCACCCAGUUAUUGAGGUGGUAGACGAUGGGGCAAGUGGUGCCCGCCCUGUUGAGGGCGGUCAGGGUGGAGACACCUACCAAAGGGUGCCACCCACCGCCCCACGACCACAGCCAUUACCAAAUGUCACCUUAACUACAGUACCUCCGAGUCAUCGACUCUGGUUCCUGAAGGGUGGAGAGUUGAGACCUGAGGUUCCUGUCGAUGCUGAGCAGUGGGUGAGACGGGAGAAACUAUGGCCUGAUGAAGAUCCUAACGAUCGUAUUGUGGAGCAGCUGAUGUUUCGCCCACCGCCCCCCCUCAUGCUAGAAGACCACCCUGACCCCGCAGCUUCAGACAAGGCGCUCCCCUAUUUUAAGAAAAUCCUUAUGUACAAUGGAAUGAACUCGUGGGGACUGCGUGCUGGACGGGGGCAGUUCCUGAAGUUAAAAUGUCCGGUGGACACGUGUGUUCUGACGGGUAGCAGGUCAGAACUAACGUCGGCUGAUGCUAUCAUGUUCAAGGAUCACUUCAGCAUGCCUCCACACAGCCGUGACCUGCGCCAGGUGUGGGUCAUGUUUAUGCUGGAGUGUCCACUACACACCCAACACUUCACUAAUAAAAAUGUCUUCAACUGGACUGCUACCUACCGUCACGAUUCCGACAUUGUGGCCCCCUACGAGAAAUGGAUUUACUACGAUAACGCCAUCUACCAGAAACCACAGGAGAUCAACUACGCAGCCAACAAGACCAAACAAGUGGCGUGGUUUGUAUCCAACUGUGGCGCUCGCAACAACCGCUUGCAGUACGCCAAGGAACUAGGCAAGUAUAUUGGUGUGGAUAUCUUCGGUGCUUGUGGCACCAAGCGAUGCCCCAGGUCCAACUCUGCCAAGUGUUUUGAAAUGCUCAACAAAGAUUACAAAUUCUACCUGGCCUUUGAGAACUCGAACUGCCGUGACUACAUCACUGAGAAAUUCUUCGUUAAUGGCUUGAGGGGUCUUCCGAAUCAGAAAAGGGGUCUUCCGAAUCAGAAAAGUCACCACAUCCUGCCCAUAGUGAUGGGUGCUCAUCCUGACGACUACGCUAGACAAGCACCUCUCAAAUCCUACAUCCACGUGGAUGACUUUGAAUCACCCAAACAACUGGCUAACUAUCUUCACCUACUAGAUCAAAAUGAUGACCUGUUUAAUGAAUAUUUUAGGUGGAAAGGGACGGGAGAGUUCAUCAAUACGUACUUCAUGUGUCGGCUAUGUGCUUUACUUCAUGAUGAGGGACAUCAACAUUACUAUGAGGAUGUCAAUGCUUGGUGGCGAGGUACAGGAACGUGUAUCAAUGGCUCUUGGAGGAAGUACGAUAAGUUUAAAGGGGAACCAGAGAAGAAAAAGGCACCGGAAGGGUAAGGGAUGUUUCUCGACUAAACUUCUGUACAGUACAAGACUUCAUUAUAACAAGUUAUCUGUUAAAGAAAAGAGGUAAGACUAAACUAAAAAAAAAAUCCUAAUGAGGCGUGUCGUAUGAUUUGUGUGUGUGUGUGUGUGUGUGUGUGUGUAUGUGUGUGUGUGUUAGUGUGUGUGUGUACGUGUGUGUGUGUACGUGUGUGUGUAUGUGUGUGUGUGUAUACGUGUGUGUACUCACCUAAUUGUGGUUGCAGGGGUCGAGACUCGGCUCCUGGCCCCGCCUCUUCACUGUGUGUGUGUGUGUGUUUUUUUAAAGGGAUGAUCUGUAAAAAUCCCUACACAAAAUUGCACAUUAUAUACCAAACUGGGGUACCUAAUAUAAAAGUUUAGCACACGUACCAUGUAUAUAAUAAGUUUUAUUUUAACUGCAAGCAUAUUGCAAUAACAUUGAUCCAGUUAUUGUAGUAUUGUGAAUGCUCAAUUUUCCGGCAGAAAAUUAAGACAGCGACAUAAUGAACUUUGUUGGGGUCUGAGAAGAUUAUAAAGGAAGGGUAUAGACAUGUUGUGAUAGUGCGUUAAGAUGGAUCAGUAUUACUUAACAUGCCUGCUAGGGCAAUAUGCUUUUGAAGUGAUAUUGUACUAUAAAUGUGGGAUCUUUUAUGGAGCAAAAUUGUAGUAGAUACAUAAUGUGAGUUUUUUACAAGCUAUGUUGUGUUAUAAUGGGUUGUACAGGCAAGAAAUGAGUUCCCCGUUUGCUGUUUUAUUGUAGAAAUUUAACUUGGAUUAAAUGUAUAUAUGUACUGUACAUAUGACUCUUUGUACAGUAAGACUCUCAAGAUUUAGACUCUUUAAAUAUAUAUUUCAUUACUGUACAGUAGAUAAUGUGAAUCUACAAUAGAAAAUUAUUUCAACAUGGUAUAUUGUUACUGGCAAGGUGGAGUUUAGUGCCGGAGGUGGGAAGUACACUGCCUGCACUCUGAACAAUGGGUGUUGAUAUUAUAGUUGUUUAACUGUAGUGUAGGCAUACCUCUGGCAAGACAGUGAUGGAGUGAACGAUGAUGAAGGUGUUUCUUCUUUUUUCAGGUCAACCUGCCUUGGUGGGAAACAGCCAGUGUGUUAAUAAAAAAAAAAGUGCUUACAGUGGAUCUCCGGUUUACGAUAUUAUUUCACUCCAGAAGUAUGUUCAGGUGCCAUUACUGAACAAAUUUGUUCCCAUAAGGAAUAUUGUGAAGUAGAUUAGUCCAUUUCAGACCCCCAAACAUACACAUACAAACGCACUUACAUAAAAACACUUACAUAAUUGGUUGCAUUAGGAACUGAUCGUAAAGCGGGGGUCCACUGUAUACAGAGAUAGAGUAACACUUGGGAGAACAUUGAAAACCCGUGGUUACGCUUUAAAGAUUAAAACAUCAACAGUUUCAUUUCUUUGCAAAAGUUACAGUGUGUAAUUACUAUUUUGGUUUGUUAGGUACCAAGACAGUCACUAUCAUGCCGGGGCAUUUACGGCAGACUUACCCUAGUACAUAAUAACUACUUAAGUCUAGACAAGUAUAAUUAACUUUUUAAUAAAUCUUGAUUUUACCUUAAUAUUAAUACGAGAUAAUCAAGGUGGAGGCUUGUAAGAAUAAUAAUCUUCAAAAUUGUCCAUAAUAAAAGGAAUAUUACAAUUAAUGGGUCAAACAGUAAUAUUUUAUGGACUGGCAGAUGCAGAGUAUGAAUCAAAUUGUUCUUUCACACACAUGGUACCUUACCUUUGAAGAGUUUCGAGAGUUUCUCUGAGCCCGGCCAUGGGCCAGGCUUGUCUGGAGCUUGCCUGGUCAACCAGGCUGCUGCUGCUGGAGGCCCACUGCCCCACAUAUCUAUCACAGUCUGGUUGAUCUGGUACUUGGUGAAGAUACUUGUCCAGUUUGGUCUUGAAGACUUCUACACUUGUUCCAGCAGUGUUUCUGAUAUCUUCUGGUAAGAUGUUGAAUAGUCUGGGACCCCACAUGUUGAUACAUCCGGGUCCCAGACAAAGAACAGUUUACUUGUCAUACACCAUCCUUCAGAACAGUUUACUUGUCAUACAACAUCCUUCAGAACAGUCUACUUGUCAUACACCAUCCUUCAGAACAGUCUACUUGUCAUACACCAUCCUUCAGAACAGUCUACUUGUCAUACACCAUCCUUCAGAACAGUCUACUUGUCAUACACCAUCCUUCAGAACAGUCUACUUGUCAUACACCAUCCUUCAGAACAGUCUACUUGUCAUACACCAUCCUACAGAACAGUCUACUUGUCAUACACCAUCCUUCAGAACAGUCUACUUGUCCAUACACCAUCCUUCAGAACAGUUUACCUGUCAUACACCAUCCUUCAGAACAGUCUACUUGUCAUACACCAUCCUUCAGAACAGUCUACUUGUCAUACACCAUCCUUCAGAACAGUCUACUUGUCAUACACCAUCCUUCAGAACAGUCUACUUGUCAUACACCAUCCUUCAGAACAGUCUACUUGUCAUACACCAUCCUUCAGAACAGUCUACUUGUCAUACACCAUCCUUCAGAACAGUCUACUUGUCAUAC